AUGUCUGUAGUCUUUGAAUCUCUUCUCAUCAAGUUCAAACCCAUUCUGGUUGAACACCCCGAAUCCCCUCCUGCUUCUUUCUCAUCCGUGACCGAUCACCUCAAGUCAAUUCCUGGGGUCGAGUCCGUGUAUCUUGGCAAACCCCUCGAGAAACCUGAUUACUGGGUUCUGGGUAUCCGUUGGGCCUCGCGCCCUGCCUAUGAUGCCUUCGUUUCCGGCUCCGCUGCCACCGAUUGGCAUGCUUCUUUGCGCGCCUUACUGGCCGAGCACCCUGUCGUCAGUCCAAUCGCAGAGUAUACAGGCCAUGCCGAGCGCGCCCUCCAUGCACCUAUUACAGAAUUUUGUACUUGUUGGGGUGCUGAUGAAACCUUCACGGAGGAUAACAUGAAGCCAUUCGCCGUUGCUUGUGAAGAGGGUGGGUUGGCUGGGCUUCAUGGCUUGGCUUACGGCGAAUUUGUACAAGGACAACAUGAGAACCCUUCGGUUAUUCCUGGCCGAGCAUCUAGGCUACUGAUGGGUUGGGAUAGCAAAGAGGCCCGUUUGCAACACAACAAUAGUAGAAGUGUAUCAUGUCCCUUUCAGAAAGCUCUGAGACUUAAUGUCACGCCUAAAGGUCGCAAGUGA